AUGGAUGACGAAUGUUUUGCGACGAUACCGAUGGAAUUCGCGACGAGCCGUUGUGACGACACCGCAGCCAACUCAGAUUCACCGAUCACCGUAAAAGAGGAACCCUUUAGCGACGAUGCGGACAGCCUUGAUUCCAGCCGAGCCAAUUCGCCAGACACCGAAGAAGGACCAGAGGCACAACAUUUUGUACUCGAUCAUAAUGUAAACGGCUACAUUCAAGUCACACGCGGUCACGGCAGCAAUAACAAUGGAAAUAUAAAUGUAAGUUCAGCAAACAGUAAUCAAAAUAGGCAGCAGAGUCUCCUGCGAUCGACGACAGCCUCUUCGGUGUCCUGUCGCCAACUCUCUCGCAGUGCUGCCCUAUUCGCCUUCGGUUCACCCCCGACGCCUCCGUCCAGUACGAGUAGUGACGCGGACAGCGAAGGCAACUUAUCCCCGGAACAUGAAAUUUUACCGCCGCCUGCAUCGACGAAUACCACGACCACGACAUCGAGGAGGCCCCAGCAUGCCGGAUCUCGCCUCUAUCACCAGAAUCAGUCUGCACAUACGACUCGUCAGCCUAUUCACACUCCCCUCAUCAGCAGCCAACCGAAAGGAUCAACAGGUGUUUUAAUUUUGACCGAAGAAGAAAAACGAACACUUUUAGCAGAGGGCUACCCUAUACCAACCAGGUUACCACUUACAAAAGCUGAAGAAAAGUCACUAAAAAAGAUAAGAAGGAAAAUUAAAAAUAAGAUAUCAGCUCAAGAAAGUCGACGCAAAAAGAAAGAAUAUAUGGACCAGUUGGAAAGAAAAGUGGAAGUCCUUGUAUCAGAAAAUUGUGAUUACAGAAAAAGAGUCGAGAAAUUAGAAGAUUCUAAUGCUAAUCUUAUUAGUCAACUGGCGAAACUACAAGCUAUAAUUAGUAGACAGCACAAAAAGUAA